UGUAGGCCUGUGUGCCUGUAGGUAAAGUGGUUUGCGAUUUGGCGAAUAUAUAGUGCGAUGAGUUGAGCGCGCGUAGUUGUUUGUAGGGCGAGUUCAGUUCUGAGUCGCGCUUGGCGCUGACGUCGCUCUUACGUCCUUUGCAGUCGCGAGCGAGCCGAAUCCAGUGCCUACUACCUGAAUUUUUCCGUGCGCUAGAAACGUACGUCCGCCAUAAUCAAAUAAAUAAGCUGUUCGCGAUGAGACGUUCGUCGUUUUGACGUCUCCGCGCCGAGUUACGUCUUUUACAUCUGCAAAACUGUCGCAAUAAAAGCGAAGUAACGCGCCCGCCCAGCCGCACAGGCCGUUCGCACCAAUGAGCUCCAAAUCGGACGUGAACCGUCGAGUGCUGGCGAUACAGGCGAAGAAGAAGCGCCACAAGCCGGGUAAGAAGAAGGCAAAGGGCGAUGUCGAACCGCAGGUGAAUGGCCAAGGGGGCGGUGGCGGCGGCGGCGGCGGUAACCGCGACGCGUCUCGUCUCGAGCCGUCGCACAGCUCGAGUAACGAGACAAUCGAGGACGCGCGUCUCGAUUACUAUAGUGAGGAGGAAGAGGAGCAGGAAGACACCACCGACUAUCGCAAGGGAGGUUAUCACCCGGUUAAGAUCGGCGACACUUUCCUCAAUCGCUACCAUGUGUUCCGCAAGCUAGGCUGGGGCCACUUCUCAACGGUUUGGCUGUGCUGGGACAUCGACGACAAACGUUUCGUCGCGCUGAAGAUCGUCAAGUCGGCGCAGCACUUCACCGAGACGGCGUUGGACGAGAUCAAAAUCCUCAAAUCAGUGCGCGAGUCGGACCCGGAAGAUCCGAAGCGCAAUAAGACAGUGCAGCUGUUAAAUGACUUUAAAAUUAGUGGCGUCAAUGGAGUGCACGUGUGCAUGGUGUUUGAGGUGCUCGGCCAUCAUCUUCUCAAGUUGAUCAUCAAGUCCAAUUAUCGAGGCAUACCAAGAGUGAACGUCAAAGUGAUCAUGCGGCAGGUGCUCGAAGGGCUCGACUAUCUGCACACAAAGUGCAAAAUCAUUCAUACCGAUAUCAAACCAGAAAAUGUCUUAAUUUGUGUAAGUGAGGAUAACAUUAGGAAAUUGGCUUGCGAGGCGGCUGAGAUGCGGCAGCUCGGACUGAAACUACCCACGUCGUUAAUCAGUACAGCGCCGCCGCAAGAGUCGCAGACGAACGCGAAGAUGAGCAAGAACAAGAAGAAGAAACUGAAGAAGAAGGCGAAGCGACAGAACGAGCUGCUCAAGCGCCAAAUGGAGCAGAUCAACGAGCUCGAGGAGCAGAAGAAGGGUAACAAAGAUCUAAUAAAUGGAGAGAAUGAAUCGACAACAACUGAAGCAGAGCCAAUCGAAUGCAAUGGCGGGACGAGUCCUGCUAGUCCCAGCCCCGAAACUACGCCCGAGGUGGAAGACAAGGUUCAAAAUGGUAAGUGCGUCGAGGAACUUGGGGGCGGCGAUGAGCAGACUGAACUGAAGUCGCCGCAAUCGCCGUUGCCCACCGAGACAUCGGUUGAAAUUGUCACGCAGAUGUCUGAGGACGAUUCUCCCUCAGUGACGUCGAAAAGCGAGACGAAACCGGAGGCGGAUCCGGCGUUUACCGAAUGUGAGUUUGACGUGAAGAUCGCUGAUCUCGGCAAUGCUUGCUGGGUGGACAAGCAUUUCACCGAAGACAUCCAAACGCGCCAGUACCGAUCGCUGGAGGUGUUGCUUGGUGCCGGGUAUGGCACCUCGGCAGACAUCUGGAGCACAGCAUGCAUGGCGUUUGAACUCGCUACAGGCGACUACCUCUUCGAGCCGCACUCCGGAGAUGAUUACAGCCGCGACGAGGAUCAUCUCGCGCAUAUAAUCGAGCUGCUCGGUGAGAUCCCCAAGCGCAUCACGGGUUUGGGUAAGAACUCCAAGUUAUUCUUUAAUAAGAAGGGUGAUCUGCGUCACAUCACCGGCUUGAAGCCGUGGUGUCUGGAGGAUGUGCUCACUGAGAAGUACGAGUGGAAUCGCAAGGACGCCGAGGAAUUCGCCGCCUUCCUCAAGCCGAUGCUCGACUUUGAUCCGGAUCGGCGAGCCACAGCUGCCGACUGCUUGAAACAUCCCUGGCUCAUCGUCAACACCACCAACACAACCUCAGCGACCACCGUCGUCAGCGAGUAAUCAUCGUCAGCCACCACCACCACCACCACGACUCUCUGUAACAUUAAAAUAAAACUUUUUAAAUUUGCAAGCGAUUGUCGAAAGUUUUAGUUUUUUUCGACAAAGUUAGUUAGGAGCGCUUUUAUCGGGAUGCUUUCGAUAUGUCGCAUACAGAAUAUCGCAAACCAAAACAAUGGCACGCACGCUGCCACUGCGUCCAAUUUAUAAACAACAUGAAGCAUACACAAAGAGCAGAAUGACAGAGCGAACAAUCGAAAACGAGAACGGAUGAAGCGAGAGAGGCAGAGGCGACGCGUUUAUGCAUUAUUUGUAAACGAUUGGUUACGACCAUUGUGAAUGAAGCCCAAUAUCGAUUUAAUUUACAAUGUUUUUAGCUCGGACUGCUGCUGCUGGUGGAGACGACGUGUGCGUGAGUUCGAUGAAUGUGUGGACGCGCCGCGACGUCCACAGGGAAUAUAAACGUGAUUCGAGGCGAAUUUCUUUCUUUGUUAUUGAACGCCACUUGUACAUAAAAAUUUAUAUAUCAUUAUAGAUGAGAAACUUUGUGAUGUAUGUGUUAAAUUAGACAAUAUCUACGUGCGCUCCUUGGCAUUCCGCGUCGCUCUGAGUUCGAGUGUUUCGUUGUCGCAAAACAUACCACCGCCACCAUCCAGCCACCACGUUGCAUUGUAGCACUUCAACAUCCUCGACGACCGAUCGAAUUCUUUUUUAUUAAUUUUACGCUCAUUUUUAUUUUUAUAUAUGAUUUACGUUACACUAUCGCCAAGGAGAAAUCUAGAUGACAAUUGUAUGUCUAUCAACAAAAAAAAAAUACACAAAUAGAUAAUUGUAUGUAGAGGACUGUGUUAGCAACUUAAUCAAGCUCAACAGAGUUCCGAAAUGAAAACAUAAAAAUACAUAAAACAAGCAAAAAUGAAACAAAAAGCAGUACUAGAGGAAAGCACCAAUAUUUGUAUAACAUAUAAAACUACUUAAUAAGUACUUGUAAACAAACGACAACCGAAACAAAAGGAACAACAGCUGAAGUACGUUUUGUUACCGAUAUAGAAGUUUGGUCUCAGGAAUUUCUGUUCCCAUUCAAACGCUGCUACUCGAAUGUCUUGAAAACAUGACUAAUUUUAAGUUACAUCUUCGCCCAUAUGUUGGAAUUAAUAAACCGAUCGAAAAUUGAAUUCAUUCACUCUUAUAUUAGCUAGACAUCUAAGUUGAUGGGCGGAUUAAAGGUGCGAGAAAUUGUGAACAGCAUCUUUCAUUCGCUCUGCAUUUCGAAUACAUCUAAAGACACAUUGCAUCGUAAUUUGAUAGAAAUUUGCUUUGUAUACUUGUACUGUAUUGUCACAUUCUCCAUUUGGAAUCGCUAUUUGAGAGGAACAUUAUCUGUUGGUACGUCACUCAUGCACAAACUUGUAUCAUACGUUCUGAGGAAGUAAUAACAUCAAUAAAAUGCAUUAUUUAUUAUUGAA